AUGAAGCUCUUUUCCUUUGUCGUAACACUCUACCAACUCUUCCUCAUCGCCGAAGCUGCUCCGCUAGAGCUUAGGGACGAUGAAUGCACGCAGCUCCACAGCUCAGAGGCGACCUGGGAUCCCGUCGACAAAUACACCAUCGAGUUAUUCCAAGCGGAAGCGAUAUUGCGACCAGAACCUAACCUCUGUCUAUUCUACACGCGCGGGUUGAGCGAGACGGCGCGCCGUUACGCGAAAACGAGACCAAAUGGGGAGUCUCCUAUGACAACGAUCUGGGAUGUCUGGCCAAAAAAGUACUACAACAGCGAAGCCCGAAAUACCAAUCCACUACGCUGUAUCAUGAACAACGAAACCUGGCGGACACAGUAUUACACCAACAUGUCCAAAGCCUUCGCGUCGCUAUGCAAAGUAUUUGCGACAGUCAUGGACGCCAGUAUUGGACCAGGCGCAGAUACUCCAGGCUAUGUCAACAAGGGAGGCCUUUGGUUCCAAGCAGAGUUCCCAGUCUUGCAAGAGCAGAACAAAGUCCUCAUGAUAGAAGCCAUAUCGCCAGAUGGACAGACCGCCUUCACGUAUUGGACCCAAACGAACGUCGCUCAGGAUAGUAUACAUGACAAACAUGUAUACGGACGUGGCAUGGCUACAGGAAGCGAAGCAUGGCUGGACAUCUUCUCGGUAGCUGAGCACUCGUUACGUGAAGAGUGGCAUAUGGACUUGCAGGGCAAGUAA